ACCUUUUGCCUCAAAGUCCACACAGACGAUUCCACAUGAAGUUAACGCUCAGCUAGCAAUGGCAGUCCACACGAGAGAAGCAAAGUUAGAUUUGGUCACCAAACACAUAAAAUGUUUUCCUGAUUUCCCAAGCAAAGGAAUACUUUUCAGAGACAUCUGUCCAAUUCUUAAAGACCCGGGUGCAUUGACGGCAGUCAUCGAUCUUUUUGAGGAACAUGUGAGGCAGACUCAUCCCCAAGUAGAACUGAUUGUCGGUCUGGAUGCUCGGGGAUUUCUCUUCGGACCCCUUCUAGCCCAGAGGUUAGGAGUGGGAUUUGUGCUGGUCCGGAAGAAGGGAAAGCUCCCAGGGCCUACAGUGUCUGUGGCAUACAAACUGGAGUAUGGAGAGGCUGAGGUUGAGAUCCAGGUGGAUGCAGUGGCUCCAGAACAGAAAGUGCUUCUCAUCGAUGAUCUACUAGCCACUGGAGGAACCCUGUAUGCUGCCUGUGAGCUCAUGAAGAAACAGAAUGCAGAGGUAAUGGGCUGCAUGGUGGUCAUUGAGCUCAAAGAGCUCAACGGGGUUGAAAAGCUGAAGCCAAAUACCCUCUUCUCCCUGGUGCAGUAUUGAGGUCAAAACAAUUCCAAGUGUUCCAUUCAGUAUGGUUUAGAACACACUACUUUGAUGCAGUUUACUGUCUUACAGUUCCUACCCAACUGUAAUGAAUUGUGAUGGAGACUUUUGUUUUUGUUACAUAGGUAAACUUUUCAAAGCAUUCUUAUGUACUAUAAAGCAAAUGCCAUUCAUUUUAUAAGUAUACAUAGUACGUCUGUGACGGUUAUGGAAUUCUGGAAGACUAUUUGGCCAGCCAAAUGACCACGGUCACUGUAAUAACUGUUCGAAUAGCAGCAACAACAAAAAUAUUUUUACACACAUCUUUCUCCUCUCCUCCACGUGCCGUCAUAUGAAUAGAACAGGCGUCCCCAUUCAAGUCAAUAAUGGCAUAAUGGGUGGACUGGCGAAAGCAGGAAGAGUACCAUAGAGAAAGAGGCGAAGCGAGCUGAUUCUCUCUUCCCAAAACCGGUCCACAUGAGAUUAACCCUUUUUUCUAUGGAACUCUGUCAAAUUACGUGAGGCUUCUUUGAUAACAAUGUGCAAUUGAAAAGCCACUUAUUCUUACAUCGGUUCAAAAUACUGACCCUCAACAAGGUGUAGAUGAGAAAUAAAUUUAAAAAAUGCCAAAAGGAAGUGCCAGCUGGCUGGCUUGCCUCUGAAGCUAAGCAGGGUUGUCCCUGGAUGGGUGACCAGAUGCUGCUGGAAGUGGUGUUGGAGGGCAGUAGGAGGCACUUUUUCCUCUGGUCUUAAAAAAUGCAUGUUUAACAUCCCAUACGAAAGAUGGCACCCUACACAGUGUAAAUUCCCAAUCUGGCCCUCACACCAUGGUCACCUAAUCAUCCCCAGCUUCCAAUUGUCUCAUUUAUCCCCCUCUCAGCUUGGUCGGUGCUGUACAUGGGAAUGUGUUCUCAGCCAAUUUAACUGGUAAAAUAAUGGUUAAAUUAUCUAUAUGACAUUGAGAAAAACUUAGUUUUGCACGCAUAUCUGCCUUAUUGCCAUUUCUAUUGUUUGAGCAGUCACAGCUUUCUUGUCAAUAUAGACCAUCUGUGUGUACCCAUCAAUGUGCUAUUAUUUUCAUUACUGUCUUCAUCUAUAACCAUUAUUGUGCUAGCCCUCAUUUAUAUGCAAUAAGUAUCAAUGUCUAAAGAUACCUUCUGUUAUGUACUGGUGCAAUUGAGACAUUUUGUCAGUAUACUUGUUUCACCAUGACUGGUUAAUUGUUUCAAACUUGUGCAGAAUAAAAAUGAACUUUUCACAUUGGAGAAACAUGUGCACUACAGAAUAA